AUGGCGUCGAGGUCUUUUACUAUGAUCCAAGCAAGAUUCCCAGAUUCCCGUUGUCAGUUCGAAGCUAACCAGACAUCAUCAGGCGAAGAAAACGUCAAGAAACUUCAGCAAGAAGCAAAGGACACUGGCCUCGAUAGCCGUAUUCAUGCUCAAAAGGACUACCAUGAGAUGUGUGACAGCCUGAAGUCCGGUCACGAUCCAAAACUCUUCCUGUUCAGCAUACCUCAUGGCGGGGCGGGCGAUGCUGUGUUGAAAGACCUCCGACCAUAUUUACACGCGGGCGACAUCAUCCUUGACUGCUCCAACGAGUACUGGAAGUUUACAGAGCGACGACAGCAAGAAUUAGAGCCCCAUGGCAUUCAUUACAUCGGCUGUGGUGUAAGCGGUGGCUAUCAGAGUGCACGCCAUGGUCCGUCAAUGUCCCCAGGUGGCAACCCUGAAGUCUUGAAGAAACUCGUACCAUUCCUAGAACGUGUGGCGGCAAAGGACAAGCAAGGCCGUGCAUGUGUCACGCCCAUUGGACCUCGGGGCAGUGGUCACUAUGUCAAGAUGAUUCACAACGGUAUCGAGCAGGGCAUGAUGUCGGCCAUUGCAGAAGUUUGGUUCAUCAUGAACAAAUGCCUUGACAUGAAAUACGAGCAGAUAGCCGACGUGUUUGAGUCAUGGAACAAAGACGGCCCUUUGCGGGACAAUUUCCUCGUCUCGAUUGGCGCCGACAUCAACCGAACGAAAAAGGACGACGGUACCUUCGUCCUCUCCGAAGUGCUCGACAAAGUCGUCCAAGAUGCCGACGACACCGAAGGCACAGGAAUCUGGACCAACGAAGAAGCCAUACGACUUCAUGUGCCCACACCGACCAUCACCUCUGCACACUUGUUCCGUUGCGCCUCUGCCGAUGCAGCCAGUCGCCUCGCCGUCAACGAGGCAUUUAGUGGUGGUGUUGCCAAACCCGGCUUGAUCGACACUCCAUUGUCUCCACUCGCUUUCACAGAAGAACUCAAGCUCGCUCUUUACGCGGCAUUUCUGUGCUCAUUCAUCCAAGGCCUGCACGUUCUCAAGAAGAUGGAUCGUCAGGAGAGCUGGCACCUCGACUACCGCAAGAUUCUGCAGAUCUGGCGCGGUGGCUGUAUCAUUCAGUCCGACCACAUUUCUGACCUGCUAGAUGGCGUGCACUCACGUGAAGAUCACGACGAUGAGAACCUGCUCGCCAAUCGCGACAUCGCCGAAGAAUUGACCAAGUCCUGGCCCCGGCUCAAAAAUGUCGUGCUCAAGAGUAUCGAGGUCGACGCUUACGUACCCUCCUUGAGUGCCACCCUGGAGUAUUGCAAGUAUUCUAGCUCAACGAGGUUGCCUACACAAUUCAUGGAGGCGGAGCUCGACUACUUCGGGUCACAUAACUACGAGACGUGGGACGAAGGGCCGGGCAAGCCGGUCAAGGGACCACAUCACUAUGAAUGGAAGAGGGCGACUGGGCUCGUUGAUGAGAAGAAGCAUCAUUAG